CCCUCUCUCUCUCUCUCUCUCUCUCUCUGCAAUUCUAAUGGCUAACGCAGCCAUUUCCACACCUCUAGAUGUCCACUUAACCAAACACUCCGAUCAAAACAAAUCCCUCUUCUUCACCUCCCCACUAUUCAGACAAAUCCCAACAACAACAAGAACAAGAACAACAUUAACAAUCUCUUGUUGUACAUCUCCGAAACCCAGAAACAAAAAAACCUCAUCUUUAUCCGAACAGCUCAAACCAUUAACCACAACCACUCUCUCCAACGACCAAGAACAACAAAACAACACUCUUCUUUCAAAGCCAAAGUCCACUUGGGUCAACCCCACAAGGCCAAAACGCUCCGUCAUUUCCCUCCAGCGACAGAAACGCUCUCCCCACUCCUACAACCCGCAAGUGCGGGACCUCAGGCGAUUUGCCCAGAAGCUCAACAACUCCGGAGACUCCGAAGAAGCUUUCAUGGCCACUCUGAAAGAAAUCCCGCAUCCACCCAGUAGAGAAAACGCGCUUCUGAUCCUCAACAGCCUCAAACCGUGGCAAAACACUCGUCUUUUCUUCAACUGGCUCAAGACCCAGAACUCUUUUCCCAUGGAGACCAUAUUCUACAAUGUCACCAUGAAGUCUCUCAGGUUCGGAAGGCAGUUUCAGCUCAUUGAAGAGCUUGCUAAUGAGAUGAUUAGGAAUGAUAUUGAACUCGAUAAUAUUACUUAUUCGACUAUCAUAACGUGUGCUAAGAGGUGCAAAGAUUUCGAUAAAGCCGUGGAGUGGUUUGAGAGAAUGUACAAGACUGGAAUGAUGCCUGAUGAGGUGACUUACUCGGCUAUAUUAGAUGUUUAUGCGCAAUUGAGGAAAGUUGAGGAAGUGCUUAGUUUGUAUGAGAGAGGGAGGGCUAGUGGGUGGAAACCCGAUGCCAUAACAUUUGCGGUGUUGGGGAAGAUGUUUGGUGAGGCCGGGGAUUUUGAUGGGAUUAGGUAUGUUUUGCAGGAAAUGGGGUCUCUUGGUGUUGAGCCUAAUUUGAUUGUGUACAACACGUUGUUGGAGGCAAUGGGGAAGGCGGGCAAGCCUGGUAUGGCAAGGAGCUUGUUCGAGGAAAUGAUCGAGUCGGGUUUGACUCCGAAUGAGAAAACGCUUACCGCGCUUGUCAAGGUUUAUGGGAAGGCGAGGUGGGGGAGAGAUGCCUUGGAGUUGUGGGAGAGGAUGAGGUCUAAUUCCUGGCCUGUGGAUUUUAUUCUUUACAACACUUUGUUGAACAUGUGUGCGGAUUUGGGUUUGGAGGAGGAGGCGGAGAGGUUGUUUGAGGAUAUGAAGAGGUCGGAGAGUAGCCGCCCAGACAGUUGGAGCUACACGGCAAUGCUGAAUAUUUAUGGCAGCGGAGGGAAGGUGGAGAAGGCGAUGGAGAUGUUUGAUGAAAUGUCUGAGUUGGGGGUUGAGCUCAAUGUGAUGGGGUGUACUUGUUUGGUGCAGUGCUUGGGGAAGGCUAAGAGGGUUGAUGAUAUGGUUAGGGUUUUCAGUUUCGUGGUUGAGAAAGGGGUCAGACCCGAUGAUAGGCUUUGCGGUUGCUUGCUCUCGGUUGUGUCAAUGUGUGAUGAUGUUGGUGAUGAGGAAAAGGUCUUGGCUUGCCUGCAGCAGGCUAACCCGAAGUUGGUUGUGUUUGUUAGGCUGCUGCAAGGAGAGGAAACUAGUUUCAAAACUGUUAAAGAUGAGUUCCGGAGUGUUAUCAGUGACACAUCCAUCGAAGCUCGAAGGCCCUUCUGUAACUGCUUGAUCGAUAUGUGUCGAAACAGAGGCCACCACGAGAGAGCUCACGAGCUGCUCUAUCUAGGAACCCUAUAUGGAUUGUAUCCUGGGCUUCACAACAAGACUGCAAAAGAAUGGUGUUUGGACGUUCGGUCACUGUCAAUUGGCGCAGCUCAAACUGCGCUUGAAGAGUGGAUGGGAACGCUUUACAGGAUUGUUCAGCGGAAAGAGGAGUUGCCAGAAUUGUUUUCGGCUCAAACUGGGGUUGGAACUCACAAGUUCUCUCAAGGAUUGGCCAAUUCUUUCGCUUCCCAUGCAGAGAAACUUGCAGCCCCAUUUAGGCAGAGUGAAGAGAAAGCGGGUUGUUUUGUGGCAACAAGGGAGGAUUUAGUGUCUUGGGCGCAAUCAAGGGCUCCAACUGCUGUCACGGCAUAGUCAAAACAUUGCAUAAUAUGUUCAUAGUUUGUAAUUUCCUUUUGUUACUUUCUAAUUUUUCGUUUCUUUUUUGCUGGAAAAACUAUUCUACUUUGAAUUACGUUUUGCGGAUUUAAAUUUUCAAUUGAACUGAAAUGUGACAUUUUUUUAGAA